AUGACAGAAACAAAGACACAAUCAACGUCAAACUCCCGUCUGCAAAAUGACUUCGGAGCUGACCUUUGGGUUCGCAAGUCGACUACUCCUACUCGGCACGCAACAGCAGGCAGAGGCCUCUUCGCCGGACUCCAGGACACAAAGAGCUACAACGUCGACAGCGGCUGGGCCAAGCGUACCCAUGACGAAUCAACAGGCCUUUUCGGAUGGCUGUACAACCGUAUAUUCGGCGGAGGUUACCGGCCCCCAGAGUAA